AAGCCUCGAUACGGGAGGACACAUCACGAGUCUGAACCUAUCCUUUUCCCCACUCUUAAGGGCCACCUCCUUCUCGAAACAAACUGAGUUUUGCUGUUAACCAGUCCUUUUGACUCACCCUGGUGCGUGUUGGAAUACAGCUGUCCUCACAGAAGCGGAUGUAUGACGUCACAGCCUCUGUAUAUUCUUGUUCGCUCCGAGACUCAAAGUGCGCAAAGAGGAGGAACAUGUGCGACGUGCAGCUGCUGCGGGUGUCGGUACAUGAGCGGAUCAGCGCUGCCGCUGAAGACUUUCUGCUGCAGGUGGAGAAAGGAGGAGAAACGGCUCAAGUCCCGGCGCUGAGAGCGAUGCUAACCGAGCGGCUAACGGCGGCGGCCGCGGAGAUCGUCUCCGUGUUUGAGGAAACCGUGGCGGUGUAUGAAGACAGAAUGGAGCGGCUAGAUUGGUCAGAGCAGGAGAUCUACCGCCAGAGGAGGCUGCUGGAUGCUGUGAUGAAGCCCGAACUCCAGCUGCACAGAGUCGUGUGUCCUGCAGACGUACAGCAGCUGAUGGUGAAUAAAGAAGAGGUUCUCCCUGAGCAGCAGCAGUGGAGCCCUCUUGUGGACCAGGAGGACCCAGAGCCCCCCCACAUUAAAGAGGAGCAGGAGGAGCCAUGGACCGAUCAGUACGGGGAGCAGCUUCAACAACUUGAGCAGGCAGAUAUCAAGUUCACAUUGACUGCUGUCACUGUGAAGAGUGAAGAAGAUGAAGAGAAACCUCAGUUGUCACAGCUUCAUCAGAGUCAGACUGAGGAGAACAGAGCAGAUUGUGGAGGAGAACAACCAGCCAGGAUCUCAGGUCCUGAUGGACAUUUACAACAAUGUACUGAGGACAAGACUGUAGACAGUGAAGAUGAUUGGAUGCAGACCAGGGACCCUCAGUCUGGUUUAAAUACAAAAAAUAACAAACAGCCUCUAAGUGAUAUGAAAUGUAAAACUGCUAAGAAAGCAUUUAGUUGCUCUGAGUGUAGUCAAACAUUUAGACAAAAGGGGAAUCUAACUUCACAUAUGAGGAUUCAUACAGGAGUGAAACCAUUUAUCUGCUCUGACUGUGGUAAAACAUUUAGCCACAAUUGUUCUCUAACUUUACAUAUGAGGAUUCAUACAGGAGAGAAACCAUUUAGUUGCUCUGAGUGUGGUAAAAGAUUUGCCCACACUGGUUCUCUAACUUUACAUAUGAGGAUUCAUACAGGAGAGAAACCAUUGAGUUGCUCUGAGUGUGGUAAAACAUUUAGACAAAAAGGCCAUCUAACUGGACAUAUGAAGGUUCAUACAGGUGAGAAAUCAUUUAGUUGCUCUGAGUGUGGUAAAACCUUUAGCCGAAAGUGCAGUCUAACUGUACAUAUGAGCAUUCAUACAGGAGAGAAACCAUUGAGUUGCUCUGAGUGUGGUAAAACAUUUAGACAAAAAGGCCAUCUAACUGGACAUAUGAAGGUUCAUCCAGGAGAGAAACCAUUAACUUGCUCCUAGUGUGGUAAAAUAUAUAGACUAAUGGGUAAUCUAACUGCACAUGACUAGUCAAACAGGAGAGAAUGAGUUUACCUGCUCUUAAAGAUUUAGGUUGCAUUGUUUUUAACAAAAGACUUAUUCGUAUUAGUCCGCAACUACUCAUAUUAUACAUAUUAAUAGUUCACUUUUAUACAUAUUAAUAGAGAAAUUUGAAUCCCCCUUAACCUGUCUUUAAAUGUUUACCUUGCACAGUAUGUAUAUGAGUGUUCUUAACCAUUUCACCAGAGGCGUUGGUCUAGUGGGAGAGGCGGUGGUCUAGUGGUAGAAACUUGGACUAUGGGCAGAAAAGGUCUCUGGUUUGACUCCACAGAGAGACAACAAAAGACCAACCUGGAUUGAUCUGCCCAAAAAUCUAAGAGGAUUCUCCCUACCCUGUCUAGUGCCCCUGAGCAAGGCACCUUGCUCCCAGGGCGCCGUACAUGGUUGCUCACUGCUAUGUGUGUCCUUCACCAGAUGGGUGAAAUUUAACCUCUGCUUUUGGCAGAGGUUAAAUUUCCCUACCUGCAUGAGUGUGCCUGUGCAUGUCUGCGCAUGUGAUUAGGAUUAAUAAAUGCAUCUUAAAUAUAUUUGAUUUAAAUCACUGUGCUUACUGAUCAGUGACCGAAGAGACAGUUACAAUGUGGAGGGACAUGUGACCAUGGCUGUAAAUAGUAAAUGGUUUUGUAUUUAAA